UCGAGCGUGCUUCGCCAUACCUGAAUUGUUUUCUGGGUCUUCUCUGAGUUGCCAUGGUCUGCUGUUUCUUCCUCUGCUGUUUUUUGUUCUACUGCUGCUACUACUGCUUACCAUGAUCUCUGACUACGAAUUGCAGAAUCUCGAGGGCUCUUCGCUGAAGAAGCGAAGCAGAUCGCAGUCGUCCUUGAACAACAGCUCUUCUGCCACAUCUUCUGCUACUUUUAUUGCCAAUGUGCCUAACUAUUCUACUGCCAAUGCGUCCAACUAUUCUACUGCCAACAAUAACCCCUUCGACGAUCCCUUGUCUCGAAAUGCUUCCCUUUCAGAUGACCCUUUUGACGACUUUAACGAUAUCAACAGACCUCCCAACGUGCAAAAAACCCACACAAAGAGCACUUUCUACUACGAUGCUGAAAACUUUGAUCUGAAUGAUCCUGAAAUAUUCAAAAAGCAUUUGAAUGACUCCCAAGAUGAAUUGUUUGGUAUUCCAAGAAGAAACCAAGACACUUAUACUAAUCUUGCUGCUGUCACCAAAAAGAAUUCUUUGUUUUCUGAGUCCAAGAAGGACAAGAAGAUCUUGAGAGUAAUAGCUUUUAUAUCCAUUGCAAAUAUCAUCAUAUCUCUUCCUUUUCAAUUGUUCAUUCUAAUAAAAAUCAUCAUUUUAUCUAACUCAUAUGAUGGAGCCAACGAAUACGAUAUUCUAACAAGUUACUUAUUCCAAUCAUUCUAUUCCUCUGAUAAUGUUUCUGCUGAUACUGUUUCCAUAUCUUUUGAUGUCUUCUUAGCCACUGUAACUCUAUUGUACUCAAAGAUCUAUCAAUUGGUUUUGACUAUUUAUGCUUUAAAAAAGAAAAAUGAUAUUCUUUUUCUUUUUCUUUUAGCUUUUCUUACAUUGAUUUUGAUUUUCACUACAAUCUUGUACUCAAAUACUGCAAAAUCCUUUAACAAUAUUUAUUCCUUAAAAGUUGUUGUUGAUAAUGAGAUCAAAUAUGUCUAUUUCAACAGUCUUUCAAUUACCUUCAAAGUCUUUAGUUACCUUUUAAUUGCAAUCUCUGCAAUUACUCUUAUAUCCCAAUUUGUUGUGUUCAUUUUAUUUGCUCAUAAACUUAUUAGCAAAAGAGCAACCUCCAAAAUUGGUUACUCAUUGGAGAAAAAGAAAUUGUUAAAUAUUUUCAAUCUUCAUAGAUCCUGCUUGAUUUUAAGUGGUUUUAUGACUCCUGUUUUCCUAUUUUUAUUUCUAGAUUUUUACCAACUUACUGAUCUUUCUAACAUUAUAAUAUUUCUAAUAAUUCUUGUCCCAUUUUACCUAUGUUUAAAUGAUUUUGCUGCCACAACUGAAAAUAUUUACCUUUUUUUCUUUACUUGGUAUAUUCAUUUGCUCUUCUUUUUUUUCACUUUUUAUCGAUGUCUAAUAAUCUUUAAUACUAGAGUCAUUCAUCAGUACCCAAUUAAGUUUUUCGUUUUAAAAGUCUUUUUUUUUUUCCAUUUUCUUUUACUAAUUUUAAAUUUAAUAGUUGGUAUAAAAGUUUCAACAAAUUUUUAUAAAGGUUUAAAAAAUCAAUCUCUAAAAGAUGAAUGGAAAUUUCUCAAAACUUUAUUUACUCCUAAAAAAAUUAAAUAUAAUCAACUACCUCCUUCUCAAGAAAAUAAUAAUAAUAAUGACAAUAAUAAUAAUAAUAAUAAUAAAAAUAAAAAUAAUAAAAAUAAUAAAAAUAAUUCAAAAAAUUCAAAGGCUUCAAACAUUUUAAAUUCCAAACUUGAAAUUUCGUUUUUAUCAAUUUUGCUAUUAUUUACUCUAUUAGUUACGAUCUUUCAAAUUAUAUUAUAUACUAAAACUUAUAAUUUUAGUGAUAAAGUGUCCCUGUUUGUUCCUCAAAGAUUUCUUGAGGCAUUCUUUAAUAAUGAAUCAACAUUUAAAAAAUUCCCAAAUAAAUUUGUUAAAUCAAAUUUUGCUUCUAUAUUUUAUGGUGAACUUUUUAUAAUCUUCUUUUGUGGUUUAUUAGCAUUUUCAAUCUUUAAAUUUCAACAAUCAAAUGAAAAAAUUAAAAAUCAAUCAUUUUCGCUAAAUUUAAUUUUAGUCAAAUCUUUAAUUUUACUGGUUGCAUUUUUACAAACAGUUUUCGUUUUUAUUCAAUAUAGUCAUUUAAUAUUUUGCUAUUUCAUCAAUGAUUAUUUCAAUGAAAAUAAUGCAAGUGAUUUUUUAAGUUCAAUUGAAUUGCUCUCACUUUUAAAUAUUAUUUUUUCGAUUAUAAGAUUUGCUUUGCUAAGUUUUUUUUAUGUUAAAACCUAUCAUCAUUAUAAUUAUUAUUUCACUGAAGUCUUAAGGGUGGAACAGUUAAAUUUAGAAAAUAAUUACGAUAUGAAUGCAAACUUAAAUAAUAUUCAAGCAAAUGGAAAUGAAAAUGAAAAUGAAAAUGAAAAUCAAGAUAAUAAUAAUAGUGAUGAUGAUGAUGAAGAGGUUAUUAUGACCAAAAAAAUGGAAAUUCGUGCUAUUUUAACUCAAAGAAAACAGAAAUCAUUUGAAUAUCAGUUUAUUUUUUUUUUGUUGUUUAAUUUCUAUUUUAUUAUUGGCUAUAUUAUAAAUAUUACUGAAAGAUCCUUUUAUUCUCUAAUUGAAAAAAUUAUUGCCAGUUUUAUAAUUUUAAUUUAUGUUAUAAUUGGUGGAUUUACCUUAAUAUCCUUUAAUUCAGUUCUUGCUACUUAUGCUGAAAAGAAUUAUAAUAAUAGCGAAUUUUUAUCUGGAAGGAAAAAUAGAAUAACUUUAUUUAGUAAAGUCUCUAAGGAAAAAAUGCGUUUAAUCUCAAAAAUUUGCAUGAUAAUAUUUAUUUGCUUAAUAAUUUAUCCAAUUUGGCAAAUGGCAAGAAUAUAUAAUUCUGAGUUAUUUGAAUUAUUUUCUCUUCCUGCAUUUAAAUUUCUUAUAGCCAGUUAUUACAAUCGUCCUAGGCAGAUAUAUAUUUAUGCUGGUGUCAUUGAUUUCACUCCCAAUUCCAAGACAACAUUCCUUUCUUCUGAUUUUGCAUAUAAAAUAGUUUCAAAAACAGUUAGUUUUUAUAUUGGAUUUUAUAGUCUUAUGGUAAUUCUAUUCAUCAUAAUUUUAACAAUUUACUGGGUAAUUAUUUUGUUUAGGGAUCUAAAUAGAUUUGAUACUAACUCGAAUCAUAAGUCAUAUUUUGGAUUUCAUUUUGAUUUUUUGAAAAGAAAACCGAGAAGUUAGGAUUUUUUAAUAAAUUCUAAAGGGUUAGUUUAUCUUUUUUCAGUUCUGAAUUAUCUUUUUUUUUCAUUUGGUUAGCGUUAUGAAAAAUUUAAAAGAAAUAAAGUUAAUUAAAAAUCAUAACAUUUUUUUUUAUUUUUUUCAUUUUUUUCCAAAAAAAACAAAAAAUAUAUAAGAGCUUUAAAGUGAAUUAAAGUUCAUAAAAAAAAUUCAUUUGCUUUUACAUUGCGAAUGAUUUGGGUAAUAAAUAAUUGGUUGAAAAUAAUUGGGCUUUGAAAUUUUGGUAGUAAGAAAUACAAAAAUUUUUUUUAAUGUCACUAUUAAAAUGUAA